AACAAUUAAUCAAGGUGUGAUAAUCCAAUCAAAAGAUUACGUGUUUCUGAUAAUGAUUUUAAAUAUCAAUAUAAUGAAGAUGAUGACAUCUUAAACUUCUUUGAGUUACAUUAUAAUUAUUUAUAUUUGGUUGAAUCCCAUAGAAAUGAGAUGCAUAUAUCUUUCGAAAAAAAAAGUCAAAUAAAGAUAAAUAAAUAAAUAAAUAAAGAGGUAUUAAAGAUGUGACUUUAUUAAAGUUAUUUUCAUAAUUAUAAUCGGCGAAAUCGGCCCAUGAUUUAAAAAAAUUUUCUUUUUUUUUUUUUUAAUAUAGCCGUGUACUAAAAUAGUCUUUAAGAUGAUUUGAACAUAUAAAUAAACACCAAGUAUGAAAAUAUGUUAUAUGAAGGUUAUUUUAAGAUAGAUAAUCAGAACGAUUUAUUCAUAAAUUAUUUACGUAAUAAACGCGGUUGAUACAUAAAUCCCGUUAUUUUAAUAAUUUAUAAAUGAUGAUUAUUUCGGUAUUGUUCGGUAUUGUGAGAUAAAAAUCACUCAUUUUUUCAUAUGAAGGCAUGUACUAAUAUAGACUUUAAGAAAUUAAAAAAAAGAAUUUUAGAAAAUAAAGAAAUUAAGACAAAUAGAUCUAUGGCUCAUUUUUGUAAAAAAAUCUUAUUUUCGCGAAAAUAACCGUAUUUUAACAUUUUAAAUUAAAUUGGUAAUUCAGCGUUAUUACAUUUUGAAAUUGCUCAAUUAUCUAUAGAUUAAAGCUUAAUUAUAAUAAUGACGGCAUUCUUAGAUGUUUUCAGGCAUAUCAUUGAAUGGGGUCGAAAUGUCCAAGGAGUUGGGGUUGAAAUGUCUUGGGGUCGAAUUGUCUCUUGGGGUUGAAAUGUCUUGGGGUCGAAAUGUCUUGCUAGCUCUGCACGUGACUUGAGGUUAGAAAUUAUGAACCAACAAGGUGUACUACACUGCGAAGUUUGCAAUGCACAGUUGCCAAAUUUCAAUUCUAUGAGAUGGCAUAUUCAAGGAAAAAAGCAUCAAAAUGCUCUUCAGUUCUGGGAGAAAAAGAAAGAGACAGCCAGACUGAGUAUCUUUGUACGCAACUUCCCGAUGGGCACUACAGAGCAAGAAUUGUGGCAAUAUUUUGCCCAGUUUGGACGUGUAACAAAAGUCACCAUUGUUCCUCCAAAGAAUCUUUAUGCUAUCAUUGAGUUCAGUAGUGCCGACACAGCUGACUAUGUCCUGCAACAAAAUAAUCACAAGCUAAACAGCCAGAAUUUAAUUGUGAAGUCUAGAGAAGUUGAGGUUCCUGGCCAACUGCACAAAUAG